AUGCUGUCCGUGCAGGGUGAGUCCCUGGUCGGGCGGCUUGUGAAUGUGACAGGAGACCAUGAAGUCGUGGAGGGAGCAGUGGCCGGGGAGGCUUCCAUAAAGGGACAAGUUGUGGGCUGGGCUCCUGAGGAGCAGCACUGCAUGGUUCGCAGCUUUGGUGGCGCCCUUCUCCGGGUUCAGUCAGCAUCACUGGCAGAGAUGGAGGAGGAGUUCGAUGUCCUCUGGCCGGAGGGUGACAAUCUACGAUUGCUGGGCAAGGAGGUUGCAGAAUGCCUUGCAAAGAAGAUGCACUGCCUCGUGCAGACCUUCGCGUCCUACGAGGUUGGCUCUCAAGCCAUGGAGAUGGCGAGAAAACGGCUUGGCUGGAGGCGCUUCCCCAAGGAGUUGGAGCCUUCCUACCUGGGACAGAAUGCGCAGGGUAAGAUCUUGUGGCUUCCGGCCGAUGAUCCCCGCCGAGAGGUGCGGUCACCGCUGGAAUCCUGCGACAGGUUGCUUUCAAAGCUCGCCUCCGGCCUCUAUGUGGAGUGCCAAGACACACUGAGCUUCCUGCCGGACGGACGCUCCGACGCGCUCUUGUGGCUGCCGCCAAAGAGCCAGAAAGAGGAAGAGGCGAACUUGCGGCAGCAAGAGCGGCUCGGCGAGGAGCACGUCAGGGACGGCCAAAUCGAGGGCCACAUUGACUUCGUUCAGUCGCGGAAGGUGUGUGCUCUCUACCAGGUGGCUGGCAGUGCCAACGUUGUGCUGCACAGCGCCGAAGGUGUCCCUGUUCAUGUAGCACUUCGAAGAGGACAAGUUUUGCUAUUCCGGCAUGACCUUUCGACCUUCUCCCAUGAAGGCAGCAAAGACUCCUUUGCAAUGCUGACCUGGAUUUUCUCGACAGGUUAUGCCGCGGAGGUCCAACAGCUGGCGGGGAUCAUCGGGAAGGAGGCUGAUGUGGCCUCGGGCGUGAUCAGUGGUCCACUGUCUCCGGUGAACCCUUUGACUGGCAAGACAGUGAGCGUAAUGUCUGCGGACUGCAUGUUGGCAGGAAACGGUGUCUCUCCAGAAGAGUACUGGCAAAUGCUGGUCAUGGGGACGGACGGCUGCCGCCAUCUUUCACCCGUUCGGUGGGACCCAGAAGCCUACUUUGAGCCGGACAAGGACAUUGCCUUUGGCAAAUACUACUCCAACCAUGGCGGGUUCGUUGUAGAAGAGUACAUCCUGGGCUUUGAUGCCGCCUUCUUCGGCUUCACGGAUGAGCAGGCAUCUAUGUUGGAUCCAAUCCAGCGCAACACCCUCGAAGUGGGCUAUUCGACCCUCCUGAAGGCUGGAUGGAACAGGAAGCGGCUGGGAAGCGCAAACAUAGGUGUCUAUAUCGGCAACUGUGGGACGGAUUGGUCGGGCAUGAAACCUAUCAUCCCUUCGGAACUUCCAAGUGUCUCUGCCGAGAUGAUGGCUUUUCGGUUGUCGGCAAUGUCAGCACAUUCGACGAGCACACGACUUUCCUAUACUUUUGGCAUGACGGGCCCCAUCAGUACAUCCGAUACUGCCUGCUCGUCGUCUUUGGUGGCGACUGGCGAAGCCCACAAUGCUAUUCGGCAGCUUGAUCCUGGGCAGAAGAAUAUCACGAGCAGCUCCGGAAACACCGAGCAUGCUUUGGCCAUCGGCACCAACGGCUUGUUGGGCCCCUUUUCUUGGAUUGGGCUCUGUGGCCCCAAGAUGCUUUCAGCGAAAGGCCGUUGCUUCACUUUCGACUAUGGAGCAGAUGGCUUCGGCCGCGGCGAAGGCACAAGUGGCAUCUUUAUGCAAGUCACACACGAAGAGCCGACGGAGAGACUGGCGAUCUUCUGUGGCACCAACAUCAACCAGGAUGGCAGGAGUGCCUCGAUGACAGCACCACACGGGCCGUCGCAGCAGGAGUGCAUACGUGCCUCUCUUCGAGAAGCAAAUGUCACGCCGGCGGACAUCAGGGUGGCUGAGCUGCAUGGCACUGGAACCGCCCUGGGAGAUCCGAUCGAAGUUGGUGCCCUGCGCGGUGUGAUGAAGGAUCGGAAAGUGCCAAUCAUGAAGACCAGUGCGAAGUCCAACCUGGCUCACGGCGAAGCCAAUGCAGGGAUGGCAGGUCUUGUGAAGUGCGUCCUGAUGUUGAACCAUCACAGUGUUUCUCCGAACGUUCAUUUCUACUGCCUCAACCCGCAUGUGGACAUGAAUGGUUAUCCUUGCCAGAUUUCGGGAGAGCUCCUGGAUCUCGGCUCGAACACUGGCUAUGCGGGUGUCUCCUCCUUUGGCUUCGGUGGCACCAAUGCGCGAGCCGAUAUCUGGGCCAAAGCACAAACUGGCUUCAGAAAAGUUCGUCAGGUCGACCUCAACAUGAUUGAAAACGUGACUGUGCGAUGCCCGAAGUGCUUGGGCAGCAUGGAGUGGAAGAGCUCUGACGCAGUACCCUCACGGCUGCCAAAGCCAACGGGACAGGGCCGGAGGCUGGCACAUUGCGUGCGCGAGUCUGACAACUACGACUUCUGCAGCCACUGCUACGACGGCUCCUACCUCUUUGGACAACCAACUCCAGAAGAUCCCAUGCCAGCGGGCACGGCUUACAUCAAGGGUUCCUGGACAGCUUUCUCAGAGUUUGAGGAGAUGAAGGUGGAGGAGGGUGCCUUCACCUUCCAAGUGCGCCUCGGUGAGACGCGGCUGGAGCGCUUCUACAUCGCUAUGCAGAAGAAGGAAGAGCAGGCUAUCUUCCCGUGGCAUGCAUCAGGAGCGCGAGGUGUGCGUGUGAAAGGGCCCUGUGCAUGGGAAACUGGACACUACUUCGUCGUGGACGGACGUGACGAUGAGUGGCCAGAGGGCUCGCUCGUGAAGAUCAAGGCCUGGGUGGAGCAGCGGCUCAACGAGCGGAAAGUCUCCUGGGAAAUGCUUCGUGAGGAGGGUGGACCGAGGGAGAUGCCCAGCUUCUCUCACAGCUACCAAGUCGUCGGAUCUCUGACGCAGAUGAAGCUGAUCCCUAUGAAGGCUGUGAGGGGUCUCAGGAAUGUUUUCGAAUACACCACUCGGCUCGGCUUGCAGAGCCUGGAGACAUUUCACUUCAUGCGGGACUAUGAUCGCACGCAGGUGAUCUACCCUGCAAGGCAUCUGCCGAGAAGCUCUACCGUGCCCGUCAGAGGGCCCGAUGCUGGCGGAACUGAGAGCUUCUUCGCAAUCAGCGGCCGGCAGGGUGAUCGUCUCCUGCUUCGCCUGGAGGUGUCGGACGCUCAUGUGACGGUGAGUGCAAGCCAGUCGUCCGGCACACGCACGUGGCACAGUCAAGAGGGGCGGAUGCGAAAGCGCUUUUUCGUGGCAGGCUCUUCGUGGGAUCGUCGCAUCGCCAUGGACCAGGAUGCAGAUCAUCCAGACAGGUAUUUCGCACAGGUGAUGGUCGUCUCUCGGACUUGCGCGGAAGAAUUCCAGAUCCUGCUCGACGAGGAUCCAAAUCGAGCCAUAUUUCCAGAAGCGCCCAGAUCCACGAGCGGUGGGUCCAUGGUCAUGGGUCCGGAGUCUGGAAAAUCAGACAAGAAGUUCCUCAUCACUGGCUAUCCAGGUACCACCUUCGAGAUAUGCUUAGACCUCCAAAGUGAGAACAAGUGGAAGACCGUGACGUGGAGAAAGCUUGCCGAAGAGGCUCCGAAAGCUAUUGCAUUCUGA